CCGAGUGGCAACAGGCCGCUGACAAUUUGACACCGUGACACUGACAUUAACAUGCCACAGCAGGCCAUGCAACUGGUUGGGCUGCCUUGGCCAGCCAGCCUGUUCUGGCCUCGUGCCAAAUGGGCCACUCUGCCCUCGGUUUGGGCCACAUCAGCGCAGACUGCUUGGUGGCCUGUUAGCAUCUCACCUGUUUGCUGUUAACAUUCCACGAAACGUCCUUUGUUUGCCAGGACAUGCGUGCAACUCGCUGCAAGUGAAUCAACAACAGCGAGCCGUAACCAAUACGCAGUCUCUGGCCUACCCCCCUAUAAGAGUAAAUGUGCACCCCCUACUGCGUUAGCCCUUUGAUCCGGCCGAGAGGAGCUUGAGAUACACACAGACAUGGGCUAUGAAAGAACUAGCUUUAACUUAUUUCAGCAUUCUGGUAUUGUUUGUUUUUAAAACUAUGGGUACCAAUAGGAUUGUUUAGUACACAUAUUUUAUUAUCCCAGCUGAUAAUCUGAGAGCCUUAUCAAUUUAGAGCUCAGUAUCGGGGUAUCUCAUAAUAUUUGUUAGGAAAAACAACAAAUAAGUAAUUGAAAAAAGUUUGUCCCGGAGCUCUCGCCAAGUCUGCUGCUAAUUGCAAUGAAAACACUAAUGUCGUGAGUUUGGGGAUGGCUUUUAAAACGUUCAACCAGUCGAGAACCCCUUUAGUUUGCCGCCGUUCGCUUGCUUACUCCGCUCAUUUCCGCUUCCGGUUGCGGCUGACGUUGUUUCUCGCUCUCGCUCUCACUCCCUCCACCGUUCCCUCUUAGAAUGCGGCUUAUACCGCUGCUUCUUAACAGCCGUCCGCCUUUUUCCCCUUCCCUUCAAAGAAUCUGCGGCCAUGAAUUGCGGUUUUGGGCACGCAUUAAGAUGGCGCAACAUUUUGCGCGCCAUUACGCGCUGCCUGCAUGUGUGUGUGUGCUUGUGUUUGUGCCACUUUGAACGUGAGUGUGCGGGUGUGAGUGGGCGAUGGCUUUACUCUCUUGAGGAUUGCGCGCUUCCGUUUCGUUUCUGUCCAAGCCUUGAAUGCUCCUUGUUUGUCUGGCUGACUGGCGCGAUUCAAAUUGAUUUUGUCUGGCUGCCUUCACUCGAGCGCGCUCGUUCAUAUAUACUCACAACCGCUUUGCAUCUGUGCCGCUUUGUAUCUGUGUGCGACUGAGUGUACUGAGAGUAUCUGUGUGUUUGUGCUGGAGCACUUUGUUUUGACAACGCGGCAAAUUGUCGCCCAGUUUGCAUGCUAUUUCUGGUUUGUUUGCCUGUUUACCUUUCGGGCUGUCAGUUCCGCAGGGCGACAAAAUGGGCUCUAAUGGGUUAGGUGUUGGGUUAGCCACCUUGGCGAUAACGCCUGAAAAGAAGCCCUCAGCCAUUGUCCUUUUUGGGGUGCACACUCGACGAUCUGCUGUUGUAACCUUGCCGCAACCAUUUUAGGCUCCCAAAAUAAACUCUGGGACUCCAAGGCUGCCUUGUGUCAAUCAAGAUUCCAGUGCAAUUGUGCAUUUGAUUUCUCUAGAUAUUUUUGCCUCUCUGGCAUUGACAGACCAAACAAAGUUGGCGUGCCCCAGAAUGCAAAACAAAUGAUGUGGAAUCAGCAAUAAGCUGCAAUCAACAGCAGUCAAAAUAUUUCACACCCCAAUCCAUUCGAAAAAUAUGAGUUAGAGCCAAUAAUCGUAUUGGGAAAAAGGCAAUAAUCUGAUACAUAUGUCGAGGAGAUCCAAAUCAAUUGCUUUUAUCAGCUAAUAUGGAUGGAAAAUAAAGUAUUCAAGCAAGUUAUGGAAAAGGAAUGCACUUCACCAAAGCAGAUAAUGAACAUAAUCAAAUAGAUUAUAUUACAGCAGUUAAAUGGAAAUAGGCAAUAAAUAAAAAAUUAAUUCAAGUAAGUGGAGAGUAACAAUGCAGAUUCUAAAUACACAGGUUGCGUUUGCAAGUUCCCACCCACCUUCAAUUCCAAAAAUAUCUCACAUAAAACUUCGUGACACAAAGGACGUUCUUAAUUCUUUUAAACAUGAUCGAUCCACUUUCGUCGUUCAGAUUGUAAACUAGAGACUCUCACUAAUUGCCACUAGAGAACUCAACGCGGACACUUAUGCAAAUGCACGCAGUGACCGUGUGGUUAAGUAAGCCCGUGCAUUUGGUCCUGGCGUUCGUGUGCAUAAUGCCAGCAGUUCUCCAUUCCUAGCUUAAAAUGCAGGCCCAGGCACGCGGUGAGUGCCAGAAUGCGUAUCCUCAAGAUACAUUGACGCCGGCACACGGUUAUGUAAAUGCACAUGCACGCGCUUCGCUGCUGGGCAAUUUAACACCACGCCAGUGGCAAAAUACCAGCAGCAGAGAAAUGUAGGAGAAUAGGGGUCUUAGAAUACCCUUAAAAUAACUUCGAAUGGUAUUUGUUGCAUCAACUAUUUCAUUAUUUUCAUACAUUUCUUGAUAGUUGAUGCACAAAAUGAGCACGUAUAAAAUAUUGUCAAAAUUCUAAAAUGACACUUUCCCGAACAUCUUAAAAAUAACAUAUAAGCUAUAAUCACUUUAUUUCCAUCAACAUUUAAAACUUUGAUUACCAGCGAUGAAAUAAUCUUAUUAAGGGCAUUUCAAUAAGAUAUAUAAUCUUUAUAAAUCCUGGUCUCACAAUAAGGAACGAAAAUAAGUUUAAGUUGUUCCGCGAUCGGGAAUUUCUAGCAACUUGAAGACAAAACGAAAGGUUGUUAAUUUUAAAUCUGCACCUCGAGGAUAAAUGCAUCCUGGGCGGCAGUCACGGCAGGAGCCUUCUGUUGACGGAGACGUUGAUUUAAUUCACAGCUGACAGCAACAGUUUGCUGCUGGCGAACAUGCCCGACCACGCCCCUUCAACAGCGCCUGGCCUUCGUCCUUUUGACGGCAUUGUGUGUGUGAAGGACAUGCCCGAAAGUGGGGAACACAAAAACCUUCCGGCAUAGCUACCAGUGUAUGCAACUGCAGCUUUUUGUAGUAAUUUUUACAUUUCAGCCCCAUCAUUAUUAAAAAUAUGAGAUGUCUGGGACCAGCCACGUUUCCCUGCUUUGCAUGCUCUAAAUGGAUUAUUCAAAGCCUGGUCCCUCAAUCGUGCUGGGCCUUAAAAAAUCCACAAGUGUGUCGCACGUCCCUGGCCAGAUGGAAUGGCGUGGCACCCUAGUACCAUCCAACUUUCCAACUGAAAUGCAAUGAAUUUGCUUACAGCCAUUGGCACAGACCCUUCUUUUCGAUUUAUUUCUUUUCUGCACUUAUCGAUGCUUGUUGCACGUCCGUGGAGCCACAACAUUUUCGGUGGAAAGCUGUUUUCAAUCUCUUGGCCCCUUUGGGCAACCCCUGCACUCGGGUUUUUUCGUUUUCGCCUUGAUUAUUUCUGUUUUUCCCAAAUCAGUUGGAUACCUGCCAUUCAGGGUCCAGUUCCUCGCUUCCAUUUGCCGUGGAAUUGUAUGCUUUGCACGCUUUGUUACUGCGGCGGAUUUAUUUUCAACUUUCAGCACAGUCUGGCACUUUGUACUGAUCCAUUUCAGGGUUGAAUUGGCCCCAAAAGGUGAAGUUUAUCGAAUUAAUCCUUUACCCAAGUAGGAUUUAAUUAGAGAAUGUUGGGGAAAAACACUUUCCGGCACCCGAACACUUUCAUUCAGAAAAACCCAAGAGUGGUUAAAAAUACUCGAGGCGAAUUUAUCAGCUGCCGCAGCAUCAACAGCAGAUUGCUGUUGGCCGUAUUUUUGUGAUCUUAGCCAUUUCUAUUUGCAUUCCCGGUGGCGGCGGACAGCCGGCAGAAAUGUGCAAACUUAGAUCGACGAACAAUCGCGCAAUUAAUUGGAAAUAAGUGCGGAAUUCAUUGCGCGUCAACCGCAGCAAAUAUUUAUGAAUUUUUGAUUACGAUUCGCGGUAAAAGCCCUUUAAGAGACGCGGUUAGGGAACAUGAUUUCAGCAGAAGCAAGUUUUCCACUUGGUUUCAUUCUAACGAGCCUGCUAUUGGUUUUUCUCGGAUGCCACGGAGAAAGGACGAAUGUGGGCCUCGUCUUCGAGAACACCGAACCGGAUCUAGAGAAGAUCUUCCAUCUGGCCAUCAGCAAGGCGAAUGAGGAGAAUGAGGAUCUGGAGCUGCACGGAGUGUCCGUCUCCAUUGAGCCAGGAAACUCCUUCGAGACCUCCAAGAAGCUCUGCAAAAUGCUAAGGCAAAAUCUGGUAGCCGUGUUCGGACCCACCUCAAAUCUGGCCGCCCGUCACGCGAUGAGCAUUUGCGACGCCAAGGAGUUGCCCUUUUUGGACACGCGCUGGGACUUUGGGGCCCAGCUGCCGACCAUCAAUCUGCACCCACAUCCAGCAACGCUGGGCGUGGCCUUGCGGGACAUGGUGGUGGCCCUGGGGUGGGAGAGCUUCACCAUCAUCUACGAGUCGGGCGAGUACUUGGCUACCGUGAGGGAACUGCUGCAGAUGUACGGCACCGCCGGACCCACGGUCACGGUCCGCCGCUACGAGCUUGAUCUGAACGGGAACUACCGGAAUGUACUGCGGCGUAUACGCAAUGCAGAUGACUUCUCGUUCGUGGUGGUCGGAUCCAUGGCCACCCUGCCAGAGUUCUUCAAGCAGGCCCAGCAGGUGGGUCUGGUGACCAGCGACUACCGCUACAUCAUCGGCAACCUGGACUGGCACACCAUGGACCUGGAGCCAUACCAACACGCCGGCACCAACAUCACGGGUCUGCGCGUCGUGUCGCCGGAUAGCGAACAGGUGCAGGAGGUGGCCAAGGCACUUUACGAGAGUGAGGAACCCUUCCAAAACGUGUCCUGCCCCCUGACCAACAGCAUGGCCCUGGUCUACGACGGCGUCCAGCUUCUGGCCGAGACCUACAAGCAUGUGAACUUCCGGCCCGUGGCCCUCAGCUGUAACGAUGACAGUGCCUGGGACAAGGGCUACACUCUCGUCAACUACAUGAAGUCGCUAACGCUGAAUGGCCUCACGGGACCCAUUCGGUUUGACUACGAGGGACUUCGCACGGAUUUCGAGCUGGAAGUCAUCGAGCUGGGCGUUUCGGGGAUGCAGAAAAUCGGACAAUGGAGCAGCGAGGAUGGCUUCCAGGAGAACCGCCCUGCCCCGGCGCACUCCUUGGAGCCGGAUAUGCGUUCGCUGGUGAACAAAAGCUUUGUCGUCAUCACGGCCAUUAGUGAACCCUAUGGCAUGCUGAAGGAGACCUCCGAGAAGCUGGAGGGCAACGAUCAGUUCGAGGGCUUCGGCAUCGAGCUAAUUGACGAGCUGUCCAAGAAGCUGGGCUUCUCCUACACGUGGCGCCUCCAGGAGGACAACAAGUAUGGUGGAAUCGAUCCCAAAACCGGCGAAUGGAAUGGCAUGUUGCGUGAGAUUAUUGACAGUCGCGCUGACAUGGGCAUUACGGAUCUGACCAUGACAUCAGAACGAGAGAGUGGCGUGGACUUUACCAUACCCUUUAUGAGUCUGGGAAUCGGCAUACUUUUUCGCAAGCCGAUGAAGGAGCCACCGAAGCUGUUCUCCUUCAUGUCCCCGUUUUCAGGAGAGGUCUGGCUCUGGUUGGGUCUGGCCUACAUGGGCGUUUCCAUCAGCAUGUUCGUGCUGGGACGUCUUUCUCCGGCGGAGUGGGACAACCCGUAUCCCUGCAUCGAGGAGCCUACGGAAUUGGAGAAUCAGUUUAGUUUCGCCAACUGUCUGUGGUUCUCCAUAGGUGCUUUGCUUCAGCAGGGAUCUGAACUGGCUCCCAAGGCUUACUCAACUCGGGCCGUGGCCGCUUCUUGGUGGUUCUUCACAUUGAUUCUGGUCUCCUCUUACACUGCUAAUCUGGCGGCUUUUCUCACUGUGGAGUCUUUAGUAACGCCAAUUAACGAUGCGGAUGACUUAUCAAAGAACAAGGGCGGAGUAAACUACGGGGCCAAAAUUGGGGGAGCUACUUUUAACUUUUUUAAGGAAUCAAAUUAUCCUACAUACCAGCGGAUGUACGAGUUCAUGAGGGAUAAUCCGCAGUACAUGACCAACACCAACCAGGAGGGAGUUGAUCGAGUGGAGAACUCCAACUACGCGUUUCUCAUGGAGUCGACCACCAUAGAGUAUAUCACAGAGCGUCGAUGCACGCUCACCCAGGUGGGAGCAUUGCUGGACGAGAAGGGAUACGGCAUAGCCAUGCGAAAGAACUGGCCGUACAGGGACACGUUGAGCCAGGCCGUUCUGGAGAUGCAGGAGCAGGGACUGCUGACCAAGAUGAAGACCAAGUGGUGGCAGGAGAAGCGCGGCGGGGGAGCAUGUUCGGAUUCGGACGAGGACUCUGGCGCCGUGGCCCUGGAGAUUAGUAACCUGGGCGGUGUUUUCUUGGUGAUGGGAGUGGGCUCCUUCUUUGGCAUCUUUGUCUCCCUGCUCGAGAUGGUGCUGGGCGUUAAGGAGCGCAGCGAUGAGAACCAGGAAGCCCCCGACUCAGAUGCCUCCUCGCUGGGAUUCGCUAAUUUGGGCGGCGUCUACCUGGUCAUGUUUGUGGGCAGCUGUUUUGGCUGUAUUUACGGCCUGGUCAACUGCGUGGUGAGCGUCUACUUGAGUGCGCGGGAGAACAAGGUGAGCUUCAGGACGGAACUUCUGGACGAGAUCCGCUUCAUAUUACAAUGCUCCGGCAAUACCAAAGCGGUGAAGUAUCCGAAGAACUCCUCGCGAUCCAAUGCGAGCUCGAAGUCAAAAGGCUCUUCCAUGUCAGUGGAUUCAUUGCCCGAGGAUAACUCAGAAGCUGAUACACCUGGCAAGCAUAACCAUGCCAAAUAGUGAAUUAACCAGGCGAUUGUAUCGUUUGUAUCACACAGUGAAAUAGCAUGCAUGGAAAUUUAUAAUAAUUAAAAAACAAUUGUGAGAAAUAUUAGGUUUUGAUGGGAUAAUAAGAUUAAGUAAUUACGCUGCGUAUUAUAUAAAACUUGAUGUCUAUAUUUGACCGAGAAUCUGAAUAAAAUCUGUACCACACAAAAGUUCUAAUAAUGAUUCCUUGGAAUCGAUUACAAU